GUAUUAGAGACCAGCUACAUCAAGGCACAUAUGCUGUUUCCGUGGGACUUUGGUGCAUAGGUCUGAUCAGGGGGCUGCAUACUAUGAACCAAAAUAAAGAUCUCUUCUUGAUGCGGGCACCACUCUCGGAACAGGUAUAAACCACGAAGUGUUUCAUGACCGCCUUAUAGCUCUCGCUCGAGAGAUUUGCAUUCUAGCAUGGCAUCCAACAUGGCAUUCAACAUCGAUCUGAAUAAUUCCUUUGGUGCACUAUAUAUCGGCGCUACUAUUGGUGCAAUUUUUUUCGGUUUGAGCAAUGUCCAAGCGUUUCUUUACUUCCAGGCACACAGGGACGAGGGAAUCACAUUCUACAAAAUUGCAGUAUGCUGGCUCUGUUUUCUCGAUGCUUUGCAUGUCGCUUUGGUCAAUCACAUCAUAUACUAUUAUCUUAUCGUCAACUAUGCAAAUCCGCUAGCACUUCCCGAGAUUGUGUGGAGCUUUAAGGUGAUGAUGAUCAUCGACACACUUAUUGUGUAUACUGUGCACCUCCUAUAUCUGCAGCGGAUAUGGAUACUUAGCAAAGGGAGAACUAGAAUUUUGCCUGCGGUCAUGACGGUACCCAUUGUCUCGGUUUUAGGCGUUGCCAUCGUUCUGCUCAGGGCAAUAUUCAAGUGCCAUCUUUUUUCGGAGCUGGAUAGUAUUCGGUGGACCGUCUACCUGGGUUUGGGCGCGGUCACGUUGAUCGACAUCCUCAUCGCCACUUCAUUGUGUCACCUCCUUGCUACUGCCAAGAUGGGGUUCACUAAAACAGAUAGGACACUUCAGACGCUCGUGAGAGACAUUAUCAAUACAGGAUGCUUGACAAGUGUGUUAUCGAUGGCGUGCAUAAUCACAGGCGCAGUAAUGCCAAACAACCUCAUCUACCUUGCAAUCGAGUGGCUACUGUCCAAAUUAUAUGUGAACUCCUAUAUGGCUCUACUGAACGCGCGUUAUUACCACGAUGGAAGCGCACACACUUCACAAGCCCGACCCCCGCAAGUCUACCGCCCAGAGUUACAGGUCAAAGUUUCACAGGACGUAUUUCCCCGAAUUUCCACAUCGGACAAGUUGCAGGUCCGGGCUCCUUAUACAUUGUUCCCAUUGUUAAAUAGAUGCUGGGAAUCAUUUUUAUGAGUCUGUCCACCUAGAAAUAAUCAAAUGAGAACAUAUUUUGUGAUUUCCUGCAUAUAUACCAU